CCUGGAUUCACUUGGAGAAUCAUUGAUCUAUAAACAACGUCUUGAUUUCAGAACCCUUCUUUUGAUCUGGAAUUAUCUGUUAUUGACCACAGAACUGCUACUGACGAUUCCUGGGACAGGGGCCUGUAUAGUGAGAGGCCUUCAAGGAUGAAUAUCUUCCGCCUACUCCUGGCCACCCUGCUGGUCUCCCUGUGCCUCCUCACUGCCUACAGUCACCUGGCACCUGAGGAAAAACCCAGAGAUGACAGGAACCUGAGGAGCAACUCCUCCAUGAACCUGUUGGAUCUCCCUUCUGUCUCUAUUGUAGCACUGAACAAGAAAUCCAAAAAGAUCAGCAGAAAAGAGGCGGAAAAGAAGAGAUCUUCCAAGAAAAAGGCUUCGAUGAAGAAUGUUGCUCGGCCUCGGCGGCCCCGGCCUCCGCCGCCCGCCCCCUGCGUGGCCACUCGUGACAGCUGCAAGCCGCCGGCGCCCGCCUGCUGCGACCCGUGCGCCUCCUGCCAGUGCCGCUUCUUCCGCAGCUCCUGCUCCUGCCGAGUGCUCAACCCCACCUGCUGAGCUCACCCACCUCCAAGGCCAGCGGGGAGGGGCAGGGCGCCAGCUGGGAGGGGUAGGGCGCCAGCGGGGACGGGUAGGGCGCCAGCGGGGAAGGGUAGGGCGGGGCUCUCGGGGGGGGGGGGGGGGCGCUUCCUGGGGUGGGUGAUUUCUAACAGGUGUGGCUUCCUUGCAUUUGGCGCGGGCGUAGCUACUUAGGUUGCGAAGGAGCUUUCAGGAGGCGGGGCUUCAAGGAGACUUGGCUUGGGCGGGGCUAAAAUCCAAAUAUAUGUAGGUUGCUCAAAGGUGUGUGGCUGUUUCUUUAAAGGACCCCAGAGAUUCUUUUCCGUUCCUAGAGUCCCCUUCACUGCAGAAGACCUGGACUGCGCAUGCUGUAUCUCCUGAGGGGCCUGAGAAACCGGAUUUCCCAGGCCCUAGGGCAUGCGCAUGUCCGUUGGAGACAAGUGCUGCCCCCUACCUUUAAGCCUGGGAACACACGAAGCUGCCUGUCUGGAGCUGGCUGUGAAGGUGCACACGCCAGUUGUGUCUUUCCACAAUGUCAGCUUUAUUCAGUCAUAAAGCAAGGUUAACAUAAUUAUAAAGCAGGUUCAGGAUUCCAAAUUCAAUGACAUUUCACCACGUGUUUAACUUGACUUUCUACAUGUCAGACAAAGCACAAGACAGGUCACAUAACAAACAAUGUAGAACGCGGGUAGGAAGCUAAGGAACCAAUUUUUGACCAAACAGUUGGGAUAAGGCCUCAGUCGGGUCUGGGUCAGCUCUUGCACUUAUUGCUUAUUAUGUUCAAGCAGUGAAGCAUCUGUGUUCUUUCCAGAGAUCAGUCAGGCAAGCCUUCAGCUGCCUUUUUGAAGUGUUCAGACAUAGAGACGUCAGUGUCUGAGAAGUCUGACAGUUUGCUGCCAAAAUCCUUUUUAAACGGGAUUUAAUCAGUCUUGGGCCUUUGGUGACCUCCUCUGUUUCUGUUGGUUGUAACUCCUGAAUGUGUCAAAAGCUGGUGCUGGUCUCCAAGAUAUCUGGUCGUACCUGCAAUGCCCUUAGCUGCUUGCAUCAUUGCUUGAUAGUCACCUGUUUGACACAGGCCCCUGCUUAACAUGAGCAACUCCAUCUUGCUCUCUACAUUCCACCCCGUGAUUUCUCAUGACAAAUCUGUAAGGGUCAUGCAGGAAUCAAGUCUUAAACUAAGUCAGCAGUACUAGUUUGCUAAUGUGGAAGAGGGCAAAUCCAAAUCAUUCAAUCAUGUUUUCAAUCAGAAUCAAACAAAAUCAAAUAAAUCUGAAAUCAUAUGAAAUGUCAACUGAUAUCAUAAAACAAAGAUGACAUCAAAUCUAAGCAAGUUAGAUACAUUAAACUGAAUCAAAUAAAGCAAAAUUAAGUAAGGAUUAAAUUUUAAAACUCCAACUUAAAGUCACAUCUAGUAAGAAUUAAAUCAAGUCAAAAAGAGAGGAGAAAAACUAAAUCUAAAUGUAAUGAAGGUAAGUUAACAAGUCAACAAUGCAGUCAAAUAAAUGAAAUAAGAAUCAUAUUGCCAACUAUGGGCAGAUAAAAGUAAAAAAUAUACAUGGAAUCUUCAACAUAGGCUCUUGGCACGUCUAGAAAAGAAUGGUGAAGGUAUGGUUAAUCAUAGUCUUUUUGUGAUUUUUCCUUCUUAAGCCUGAGGGUGCAUAACAUUUUAAUAGCAUGUUUAAUAAGAUAUAUAACAAAAAUAAUAGCUAAAAGCAAGAGAAGAUUUCCUUAAUGGAUUUCCAAACAUGUAUAGAGAGAUAAUCCCUUUAAGUAUUUUAAAGGGUUAUAGUCAGGCCAUGAGCCAAAACAAAUCACGUUUGAAGGGUUUUGUUAACAACUCUGGAAAGGAGACCAUUUAUUAUAUGUUUUGUAUAUUUUUGUUCAAUGCAGCUAAGUUGGGGUUAAUGACUCCUGCGGCCACCUGAGUGGGCUGUGCAGCAUGAUUAAAGUGGGUUAGCUUGUUGGUUGAGGUUUUAUGGGCUGCUUUUGAGCCUUUCUAAUUUUUCAUCUAGAAAUUUAUCAAUUUUGUUAAUUUUUACCCAAGGUAUUUCUGUUAUUUUAGUAGGAUAAGAUGUUGAAAAAAAUUUUAUGUGAAUAUUGUGAGACAAAGGUACCCAUUUUGGUAAUGUUACUAAAUGUUACAUUAAUAGCAUACAAUAUUUUAACACACUCAUUGUCUAUGGUGGUGAUAGUAUCAUUCAUUCUAUAUGAUUAAAGAAUGUGACCUCUGAGAAGCUAUUAGCACAGAUUAUCCAGUGAAAGUGUCCCAUGUCCAAAAGUAAAUUUUUUUUUUAAUUUUUUUUAAAUGUUUUUAUUUAUUUUUGAAGGAGAGAGAGAGAGACAGAGCAUGAGCGGGGGAGGAGCAGAGAGAGAGAAGGAGACCCAGAAUUCGAAGCAGGCUCCAGGCUCUAAGCUGUCAGCACAGAGCCCAAUGUGGGGCUCAAACUCACAAACUGUGAGAUCAUGACCUGAGCCGAAGUCGAACAUUUAACCGACUGACCCACCCAGAUGCCCCUAAAAGUAAAUUUUCAAUGGCUGUUCUUGUUGAAGGAAAAAGAUUAGCAUUGAUUUCCAGUUCAUGCCAUGUAUAAUACAUGCUAUUAGACCACUGAAAUACUAUCUCUUUGGGUAGUAAAUAUCCAUCAAUCCAUAAGGAUGUUUGAGGAUAUUUUUGGUGGUAUAGAAUAUGUGUCAUGUGCUAAUAAGCUUUGACCCCCUAAUCAUCUUAAAAAUGAAAGUUUACAUUGUCCUAUAUUGUCACAACCUGAUGGUCUAGAGGUGUCUAAUUGUAAGAAAGGCUCCACCCAGUCAGAAAAAUACUUUACAAUAAUGUUUUUAAUAUCAUUCCAUGCUCUGUACAGUAGGUUAUUGAUUAUGCAACAAUUAUUUUUUAAUUGUUCUCUUAUGUAGAAAUUUCUAAGAUUAAGUAACUUUCGUUGGAGGGCCUGAACUUUAUGGUCAAUGUUAAUAGUUAAAUUCCAGUUGGUAGGCAUGAUAAUCAUGCAUAGUUGAGACAAUCAUGCAUAGUUGAGACAAUGGAAUAUAGUUCUCUGAAUGCUGAGAUCUUGGAACCUAAAUUUCCUACUGAAUUAAGUAUUUAUUUGUUUUGGGAGAGAGAGAGAGUGCACACAUGAGUGGGGGGAGAGGCAGAAAGAGAGGAGAGAGAGAAUCCCAAGCAGGCUCUGUGCUGUCAGCAAAGAGCCCAAUGCAAGGCUGGAUCUCAUGAACCAUGAGAUCAUGACCUCAGCUGAUAUUAAGAGCCGGAUGCUUAACCAACUGAGCCACCCAGGCACCCCUUGAUUGUAGGCUUUCUAAGUCUAAUCCUAUCAAUGGGUGGUCGGUCACACCAUUCAUGGAUGGUUGUUCCUAGUUCUGUGGCAUAAAUUUUAAAUUCAGGUUGUAUAUCAAACAAAUUGAAUUGUUCCUUUUGGAAGGUUAUUUCAAUUCUCUGUGGCAUAGGUUUGUAUACAAUUCUCAUAGGGUCAAGUAAUUCGGUUCAAACACACUUGGCUUGAGUUUUGGUGUUGGGUUGGUAAUGCCAUGUGUCCAUUGUGGCUUCCAGUGGAAAGUUCUCAUACAGUGUGUAAUAUUCCAACAUCCUCUCUCAGUAAUACAUGGGCCUGGACUAUUGGGUAAUAUACCACAUUUGUCAAAGGUGACUCCUUUAGCUAUGUAAACUGGUAUAGAUGACUAAGUUCUGGUUAUAUUCUCAUAGAUAGGGUGCCUUGCUGACCAUGUAUGUUCCACGCCUCACACAUCUGAUGGUUGGAUCAAUAAAAAGGAAUAUUGUUGCA